AUGUCAUCAUCAAUAAGUUAUUAUAUUAAUAGAUGAUUAUUUAGUACUUCAGCCAAAGAUAUUGCAGUAUUAUAUAUUAUAUUCGCUUUAUUCUGUGGUUUAUUAGGUUCAUUAAUGUCCGUUAUUUUAAGAUUAGAAUUAUCUUCUCCUGGUAACCAAAUAUUAAUGGGUCAACAUCAAUUAUUUAAUGUUGUUGCUACAGCUCAUGCUGUUUUAAUGGUUUUCUUUUUAGUUAUGCCUGCAGCUAUAGGGUUCUUUGGCAACUACCUAGUUCCAUUAAUGAUUGGUGCUAGUGAUAUGUCAUUCGCUAGAUUAAAUAAUAUUUCAUUUUGAUUAUUGCCUCCAGCAUUAGUAUCAUUAUUAGCUAGUGCAUUAAUUGAAAACGGGGCUGGUACGGGUUGAACAGUUUACCCGCCCUUAUCAGGAAUUGGUUCACAUUCAGGUCCUUCAGUUGAUUUAGCUAUUUUCGCAUUACAUUUAACUUCUAUCUCAUCUUUAUUAGGUGCAAUUAACUUUAUUGUUACUAUUUUAAAUAUGAGAACUUUAGGUAUGACUAUGGCUAAAUUACCUUUAUUUGUAUGAGCAGUAAUGUUUACAGCUAUCUUAUUAUUAUUAUCAUUACCUGUAUUAUCGGCAGGUGUAACAUUAUUAUUAAUGGAUAGAAACUUUAACACAUCAUUUUAUGAACCAGCUGGCGGUGGAGACCCAAUCUUAUAUGAACAUUUGUUUUGAUUCUUUGGGCAUCCUGAAGUGUAUAUCUUAAUUAUUCCUGGAUUUGGAAUUGUAUCUCAUGUUAUUAGUACUUAUGCUAAAAAACCUAUCUUUGGGCAACUUGGGAUGGUAUACGCAAUGGGGUCUAUAGGGUUCUUAGGUCUAUUGGUCUGAAGCCAUCACAUGUACGUUGUGGGACUGGACGUUGACUCUAGAGCUUACUUUACAUCAGCAACUAUGGUUAUUGCAGUACCUACUGGUAUUAAAAUAUUCUCAUGAAUUGCUACUUUAUAUGGUGGAUCUAUAAGAUUUACUACUCCAAUGUUAUAUGCUUUAGCAUUCUUAUUUUUAUUUACAAUAGGAGGAUUAUCAGGUGUAUUAUUAUCUAACGCUUCAUUAGAUAUAGCAUUCCACGAUACAUACUAUGUCAUCGGCCACUUCCAUUAUGUUUUAUCAUUAGGUGCGGUAUUUAGUUUAUUCGCUGGAUAUUAUUACUGAUCUCCUAUGGUAACAGGAUUAUAUUAUAAUAAUAAUUUAGCAAAUAUCCAAUUCUGAUUAUUAUUUAUAGGUACAAAUAUAACAUUCUUCCCAAUGCAUUUCUUAGGUUUAAAUGGUAUGCCUCGUCGUAUACCUGAUUAUCCAGAUGCAUUUGCAGGAUAUAAUGCAAUAAGUUCAUUUGGUUCAUUAAUAUCAAUUACAUCAGUAAUAUUAUUUGCUUAUGUAAUAUAUGACCAAUUAAUGAAUGGAUUACCUAAUAAAUCAUUAAGUACUAAUUCAUUAUUAAAAAACCCGGACUUCUUUGAAUCUAAUAAUAUAUUUAAUAGUAAUGAAUUAAAAGCAAAUUCUAUUGAAUUCUUAUUAAAUCACCCUCCACUAUUCCACCCAUUCAAUACUUUAGCUAUCCAAUCAUAA